CGGGCACCUGUUGCAACUCCUUUACGGUAUAAUUGCGGGAAAGUUGAAACGAAAGUGGAAAAUUGUCAUCUUGAUUUCAUGUAUUUUUACCACUUUCAGACACUAAUGUACAAGUAAACCAGUUUAACACCAAAGGAUAAAAUAGGUUCCACAACCUAUUAUCAAGAUGUCUAGUUUGAAAAAGAUGAGCGUAAUGGGUAUCCGGAGCUUUGGGGCUGAUGAUACUCAGAAGCAGAUCAUUGAGUUCUUCUAUCCUCUGACUCUAAUCCUUGGUCCCAAUGGAACUGGAAAAACUACUGUCAUAGAGGCCCUCAAGUAUAUCACUACUGGUGAAUUCCCUCCAGGGUCCAAGACUAAUGGUGCAUUUGUGCAUGAUCCCAAGAUAGCAGGAGAGAGUAUGGUAAGAGCACAGAUUCGCCUUGCAUUCCAAGAUGUCAUGGGUCAGGCGGUUGUAUGUCAGAGAUCAAUUGAAGCAACACAAAAGGCGAAGUCUGUUUCAACUAAGACAUUAGAUGGGACUAUCACUAGAAAGGGGGCCGAUGGUGAGAAAAACUCCAUCUCAAGUCGCUGUACAGAGAUCAACUCUGAGAUGAUUACAUUGCUGGGGGUCUCUAAGUCUGUAUUGGAGAAUGUCAUCUUUUGUCACCAAGAAGAGUCCAACUGGCCUUUGUCAGAGGGGAAGGCUCUGAAACAAAAGUUUGAUGACAUCUUUGCUUCCUCGCGCUAUGUGAAAGCUCUUGAGUCACUAAUGAAGACGAAAAAAGAGUUAGCAGUGAAUGUGAAAGAGUACAAGAUUGAGAUACAGUUUUUGAAGGCCAACAAAGAUAUGGCAGAGAAGAUCAAUGAUGAGUUAAAGGAGUUAGAAACAAAACAGAAGAGAGCUGAAGACUCCAUUAAAGGCAUUGAUGAGAAAUUGGCACCAAUCAAUGAGAGACUGGAACAAUACCACAAACAGUUUAGAGAGAUAUAUGCAGUACAAACAGAAAUAACAAAGAAAGAGAGCACUAAGAAAGAAAUGCUGAAGAAUGUUCAAAGUCUACGUGACAACUUAGUGGAGGAAUUUCCAGGAUCAACUGAGGAAUUGAAGAGAAGAUUGCAAGACUUUGAGAAACAAGGGGCAAAGAAAGAGAAGGAAUUAACACAGUGCCAACAAGAAGAGGAGCAACUCACUAUUAAACUUGAAAAGAACAAUAAAAGGAAACAGAAAUACCUGAUUGAUCAAGGUCGACUGAAACAGGAAGAGGAGACUUAUAGACAGAAUAUCAGAAGCAGAGAUGCAAGAGUGACUGCCUUUGCCCAGGAAUACAACCUUCAAGGCUAUGAUGACAGUGCUGAGUACACACAAGCUCAGAUCAAACAGUACUCAGAAGACCUCAGGAGUCUCCUUAGAGACAUUCAAAAGAAUGAAGCUGAAGUUAAGGCAAAGUAUGAGAGUAAAGAAGAUGACGUCCAGAAGGAACUUGAUAAGACCAAACACCAAAGGGCAACACUUGAAGGCAGCAUCAAGAUCAAAAAGGACAUGCUGGAGAAAAAUGUUCGGGAAAUAAAACAGGUGAAUCGUAAACUACAGGAGGUUGAUGAAUCAGCUGACAGACUUGAUGAUAUCACCAGAGAACUACAGCAAACAGAACGCGAGAUUGCUCAAGCAGAAAGAGCUGUGGAUUUGGUUUCUCUAAAACAGGAGAUUUCAAACCUCACAAAGCAGAAAAAGGAACUUGAUGAACAGUUCAAUAAUCUAAGUGCUGAAAUGAGUCGCAUGCACAUGGAGUCGAAGGCAAGAACAGAGGUGGAGAUGUUGAAGAAAGAGAAAAAGACAGAGGAAGAUAGCAUAAAAAGACUGAAGGCCAAACAUGAUGACUCCUUCAAACAUCUACUGACUGGGACACCCAACUUACAAACCAUUAAGAGAACCCUGGAACAGAAAAUAAACCAAAAUGGAAGAGAUGUGAGAGACACUAGGGCCAAGUUAGAGAAGGCAAACAAACAAUUGAAUAUCAAGGAAACUCAGAGGAAAUACACAAAGGAUGAGUUGAACAAGAAGAAGGUUGAACUCAAUGGCCACCAGGAGAAGAUGUACGAAGUAGGAGGGAGCGGGAAAUUUGAAGAGUGCCUGCAGAAUAUUGAAGCACGGAUUGACAAGGCCCAAGAUGAGAGGGCGCAGUUGGUUGGUGCGAGUGCCUGGUUCAAACGCUAUAUAAGCAAGAUGAACAUUGACCAACUUGAUGAAAUUGCUUGCCCUGUAUGUAAACGUGGCUUUGAGGAAAUGUGUGAUGUACGCGAUGUGAUAGCUGAAUUGCAGCAGAAACUUGACAGAAUACCCCUAGAACUAAAGUCAAAGGAAGAAGAAUUGAUGGGAUUACAACAAAGAAAAGACAAAAUGGUGGAAUUGAGACCCCUUAGAAACACUAUGAAGAAGCUUGAGGAGACAGAGAUCCCCAACCUAGAGACAAGGGUAGCUAACAUUGAAGAAGACAUAAAGAAGGUCAAUGAAGAAAUAGCAGAGUAUGAUGAGACUCAAGAUUCCUACCAAUUAGACAAAACAAUGUUGGAAAGUAUGCAUCCCGAUAUUAUCAUCUUGGACAAGUCCUUCUAUAAAGUGCAAGACUUGGAGAGAAAGAUCAACCAAGCAUCAGCCAAGCUGAGUGGAGGAGAUAGCAGUCGUACCAUGGAGCAAGUGAAUGAAGAGAAAGAUCAAGUACAAGAGAAUAAAGAGACAGUGGAAUUAUCUCUGGAGAGAAAGCGCAAGAAAGAACGAGAAACCACCGAGAGAAUCACAAAUCUCAGGACGGCACAAAACAAACUUGGUCAGGAGAAACUCCAAAUUGACAGUGAACUACAGCAGAGGAACAAUUUAGUUGAGUCCAAAGUUGAGAUGGAGAAAGCUAAUGUGACGUAUAAACAGGAAAUAAGAGACGCACAGACAGCAAUUGAACCAAUCAAUGAAGAGAUUGAUAGGUUACAUCAGAUGAAGGAAGAGAUUAAACAUGAGAAGGAUUCAUUUACGGAGCUGGAAAAGGAAAAGUUCAACAAGGCCAAAGAAAAGGGACAACAAAUUGGAGCUCUUUCUAAGAAUAUACAAAGAUAUAUGGAAGAAGGCAAAGCUGAACAGCUUGAAGAAAUCACAGAUAAAAUCACAGAGUUGAGUGAGAACAUAGAAAAUUUCAAACAAGGACUUGAUGAGCUCAAAGAAGUUAUAGACAAACUUCGAAAAGAUCUAGCAUCUCAGCAGGUGAGUGAACGUGAAAUAAAGGACAACCUUGAGAUGCGAAUGAAACAGGAGGACAUCAAAAAGGUUGAAGCUGCUAUCAAAGAUCUUAAAGACAAGAUUGGAGAUUUUGAUCCUGACAAUCUUGAGAAGAACAAAGCUGACCUGGAGCAGCAGGCAGAUGAAUUUUUCCAACAGAGACAAAGACAUAAGGAACGUCAAGUUGGCUUUGAAGAGAUGGUUAAGUCCAAGAAGAAAGAUCUUAAGUCAGAUGUCUAUAAUGACAUAGAGACACGAUACAGAGAUAAGAAUAUCGAUGUUAGGACAACAGAACUAGCUAUGGAUGAUGUCUUCCGCUACUACAGAGCUCUUGAUGCUGCUAUAAACAACUACCAUAGAACCAAGAUGGCAGAGAUCAAUAAGAUCAUAAGAGAACUAUGGAGAAACACCUAUAGGGGCAAUGACAUUGAUACCAUAGAGAUAAGAUCAGAGGAUGAUGGCGCGGGAGGUCUUACAGCCACAAAGACACGUCGUACCUACAACUACAGGGUGGUUAUGCUGAAAGGAACAACUACACUUGAUAUGAGAGGACGCUGUAGUGCUGGCCAAAAGGUGUUGUCUUCACUAAUCAUCAGACUUGCCUUGGCCGAGACAUUCUGCCUGAAAUGUGGUAUCCUGACCCUAGAUGAACCCACCACUAAUCUUGAUAGAGAAAACAUCGAGAGCCUGGCCUAUGCCCUUGUCGAAAUCAUUAAGGCUCGAUCGAAACAGAAAAAUUUCCAGCUUAUUAUUAUCACCCACGAUGAAGACUUUGUUGAGCUACUAGGCAAGUCAGAGUAUGUUGACUACUUCUAUAAGAUGAAGAAAGAUAAUGAUGGUCUCUCAAGGUGUGUGAAGUCACGAGUGCAGGAUAUUGGACAACAUUUACACUAAAGAACAGUUGCUUAUUUGACACUAGUCAACUUAACAUAAUUAAGGUGCUGGACAAAAUUAAGACUCUUAAGGAAGAGCUACAUGUACCAUCUCUUUAAACGAUUGGAGGACAUUGGCAUAGUGUGUUUCGCCAUAGAAGAGACAUGGUUCAGAAAAAGCAUGGAUGGAUAGACCUUUUCAAUGAACCCAUAACUUUUGCGGUAUACCAAAGAUUAGUUCUUGAACAUUUAAAAGGCUCCAGGAUUCAUUAUUGCUAAUCAAAACAGGAGCCAAAGUAAAUGUAUCUACAAUAUAACAGUUUGUGAAGCCUUACAUUAUACAGUGCAAAAAUGCAAUGGUGCCAGUAUUGCAAUUGCCAUUUGUCAUAUGCAGCAUUAAUAUCUUGUAUCCAAAUAAAUUGGUCAAAUGCUUGCUUAAAAACUAGACC